AUGGUGAACUACAUGUUGAUGAUCACCGCGGAACUCGAGAAUCUCACUGACCUUCAGCCUCAAGGCGGUUGUGAUGAUCCUAACUUCACCUAUUACUUCAAGCUGAAAUGUGGAAAUUGCGGAGAGGUAACGCAGAAAGAGACUUGUGUGAGCUUGAAUGAAACUGUUCCUUCUGCAAAAGGCAGAAGUGAUGUCCAUCUUGCUCAGAAGUGUAAAUUUUGUUCUAGGGAAGGAACUGUUACUAUGAUCACUGGCCGAGGCUCUCCUCUUACUCAGGACCAUGCUGAGGCUGGAAAGUAUGCACCUCUGAUGUUGUUCGACUUCAGAGGUUUUGAGCCUGUGGAUUUUGUAUUUGGUAGUGGGUGGAAAGCUGAAUCUAUUGAAGGGACGAAAUUUAACGACAUUGACUUAUCGGGAGGAGAGUUUGCUGAAUAUGAUGAGAAGGGAGAGUGCCCAGUCAUGAUUUCCAACCUUCGUGCUACAUUCAAUGUUGUGAAGUAG